AUGAACCAUUCAUUAACAAGUGUCAAGACAUGUCGCCGGCUGUGUUUGUUAAUACAUAGUUCCUGUUUGUUUUUGUGGUUUAAGUUAUUUGGACAGGUGAAUUUGCUGUAGAGUUUUGAUGUUACAAUCUUUUAUUGUAAAUGAUUUUUACACUCCUCCUUUAACACAACAGGCUAGCUAGUCAUGAUACCUCAAAGUAAGGGCUUACUCGUGCGGAUAUCUUUCUACUGGAAGCCGCUUUUUUCAGGGAAAUAUCUGAUAGUGACUAACAUUAUUAGUAGUGGAGGCAUGCUUGCUCUUGGAGACUGCAUUCAGCAGACCAGAGAGAAGAGACGGACACCGACUAAGACCCAUGAUUGGCUGCGAACAGGGCGCAUGUUUGCAGUUGGAUGUACCAUGGGACCGUUUCUGCACUACUGGUAUCAGUGGUUGGACAGGGCUUAUUCGGGAAAAAUCGUAAAGACUGUUGCCAAGAAAGUCUUGAUAGACCAGCUUGUUGCCUCACCACUUAUUGGAGCAUGGUAUUUCAUAGGUAUGGGCGUGAUGGAGGGUCACGGGUGGCGCAAAGGCUGCACUGAGUUUAAAGAGAAAUUCUGGGAGUUCUAUAGGGCGGACUGGUGUUUCUGGCCGACUGCACAGAUUAUCAACUUCUACUUCUUACCAGCGAAGUUUCGGGUGUUGUAUGUAAAUAUAAUUACACUGGGAUGGGACACCUACCUCUCAUAUCUCAAGCACAGGGAAAGCCAACCAGUGGACGAAUUGGGGCCAGAGGACUCAUCAAUGUCUCCUCCCUCAGCUACACCACUGGAUGAUAAACUAUAGUCCCACACCAGUUAUUACUUAACUCUUUCACUACUUAGACAUAUAACUGACUUAACCAGUUACUCAGAUCAAUCAUUUGAAUCA